UGAAGACUGAACAAUAUUUUUUCCCCUAAAAAAGACGAGUAUGACAUCACCUUUUAAGUCUUGACGUUUGAUGUGUGAGCUUCCUUCUAAUGCAACACGAGAAUCACAAAUUAAAAGUUCCAGUGUUGAGCAGACAUGCUCACACACCCAGCCCAGCAGUAAGUUUCAUUUCCCUUGUUUGAAAACAGAAACUAAGCAAUCAGCUGAUCUUAUUGGACGCUAUUUAAGCAGCACGGCUGAGUCGAAUAUCACUGCACUGGAAAGCUUGGAAAUGGAUGUGUCCACAGUCUUUACAGGUCCUUUGCUGCUCCUGCAGCUUUGCAUCUCAACAAUCCUCUCCUUUUUUGCCAGUGUGUUGGAGGGAGUUUUCCCCUGGACAGUGGGAACCUGCACAGGACCGAGCGUCGACCCGGAUGUCAACAAAGCUAAUCCAGAUGCCGUGACUCCAACCAGCGUCAACUACCAUUUUACACGCAAGUGUAACUACAAGUGUGGUUUUUGCUUCCAUACGGCAAAAACAUCCUUUGUGCUUCCUCUGGAGGAAGCCAAGAGAGGACUCAAACUCCUGAAGGAUUCUGGUAUGGAAAAGAUCAACUUUUCUGGAGGAGAACCAUUCCUGCAUGAAAAGGGGGACUUUCUUGGAAAGUUAGUCCAAUACUGCAAAGAAGACUUGGAACUUCCAAGUGUCAGCAUCGUCAGCAAUGGAAGCAUGAUCAAAGAACAGUGGUUCCAGAAAUACGGCGAUCAUCUUGACAUCCUGGCCAUAUCUUGCGACAGUUUUGAUGAAGACACUAACCAGCUGAUUGGCCGCACUCAAGGCAGGAAAAGCCAUCUGAACAAUCUCUACAAGAUCCAGAAGUGGUGUCAGCAAUACAAAGUGGCCUUCAAAAUCAAUUCAGUCAUCAACACUUUCAAUGUGGACGAGGACAUGACUGAACACAUCCUCCAUUUCAACCCAGUCCGAUGGAAGGUGUUCCAGUGUCUGCUGAUUGAUGGUGAGAAUGCAGGAGAGGAAGCCCUGAGAGAAGCCGAGAGGUUCAUCAUCAGCGACCAGCAGUUUCAGGAGUUUUUGGACAGACACAGCAGCAUCUCAUGCCUGGUUCCAGAGUCCAAUGAGAAGAUGAGGAAUUCUUACUUGAUCUUGGAUGAAUAUAUGCGUUUCUUGGACUGUCGGGAGGGACGAAAGGACCCAUCCAAGUCCAUCCUCGACGUUGGCGUGAGCGCGGCCAUCAAUUUUAGUGGAUUUGAUGAGAAAAUGUUUCUAAAACGUGGAGGGAAGUAUGUGUGGAGUAAAGUUGAUAUGAAGCUACAGUGGUGAAGUUUUACCACUCAACAAUUGUAUAUACUGAGUGCAAGCAUUUUCAUUUUUUUCUUGUGCUUUCUAAAGAAUUUUAUGUUUAUCACCGUCUUAAUUUUCAGCAUAUACGCAUUCUUGCUCUGCAAAGAACUUGGGCUUAAUAUAAUAAAACUGUUGUGGAAAGAUUAGUAGUGUUAAGUGUUGAUGUAAAUGUUAUUGAAAGCACAUUUUCUCUAGUGCAGUGAGAUAAAGAUGGUUAUAUGAAUAUUUUUUUACUUUAAGUGUGUUGGGAGUUCAGACUAAAAAGCAAUAAAAGUAACAAAA